UCAAAAGCUGCGAUACAAGUAGUUGCCCGUACAGUUACAGAUACAACUCCACAACAGAGGGUGGCGAUAAUCUAAAAUUCAGCAUGCGCCAACACCCCACACAUAAAGGAAGAAGAAUCAGAGCAGUGCCGUGGAUCUCCCACUUGAGCUAAAAAGCUACGUGUACUUACGGCUACUUGUAUCAUCGUUUCUCUAUGUGACUAAAAUGGCCCAUCUGACAACAAAACCGGACGACAAAGAGAGGUUCAUAUGCCUUUAUCCUAUAUAUAUCAACAGUAAGAAAACCUUAGCCGAGGGGCGCAGAAUACCUGCGGAAAAGGCUGUUGAGAACCCCACAUGUGUGGAGAUCCGGGAUGUUUUGACAGCGGCAGGAGUGAAUGUUCUGGUAGAGAACAAGAUGCACCCUCGCGAGUGGAACAGGGAUGUUCAGUUCAGGGGAAGAGUUCGUGUCCAGAUCAAACAGGAGGACGGAAAUCCGUGUCAAGAGAAGUUUGCCUCACGUAAAGACGUGAUGUUUUACGCGGCGGAGAUGAUCCCAAAGCUGAAGACGAGGACGCAGAAGACCGGAGGAGGGGAGGCGGGAGCUCAGCAGGGAGAGGGUGGGAAGAAGGGGAAGAAGAAGAAGAAGUAGAGCGUCUGUCUGUCUGUCUGUCUGUCUGUCUGUCUGUCUGUCGGUCGGUGUCCACCUGUGUUGAUUUGUGUGUUCUGGAGCUUAAGAGCUUUAUUCAAUCCAAGCUGAAGGUUGUCAAAUUGUAGCCAUCCUCAGGUGAACAUGCUGUUCAAACAUUUUUUGGUUAGAUUGUUGAGGAUUUCAUUUCCGUGUUUUCAAACACUGUCUUGAUUUGAUGGAUCUUCUGUUUCUCAUUAGCUCGCUGCUGAAUCUGUAGUCUGCAAACAGCGUUUCAAACACAAUGAACCACAGUGAAAGAGACGAGCACCUCAAAGGAUUGCCGUGACGGGGAAAAAUAGCCAGAUACCCAAUCCUGAAGUGUGUUUCAAAAUCGGGAAAAUGGCAAACUCCAUCUUUUUUUCUUUACGCCUUUCUUUUGUUUCAACAUGGGAAAAUGGCAAACUCCAUAUUUUUUUCUUUACGCCUUUCUUUUGUUUCAACAUGGGAAAAUGGCAAACUCUUUUAUUAUGUUUCACAAUUACUUUUGGCAAAAGCCAGUUUUUUUUCCAGUUUUUUUCAUGAAAAACAGAAGAGGCAAAUUCUUGAGUUUCUGAAAAUAUUGCUUGACCUCUACACGGCCAUGUUAAGGACAAAUGUGAUGGGAAGAGUGGAAACCAGAGCUUUAAGUUCUAGCGACACACACAACCUGAGGCCACAUAUUUGUUUUCUACUCGCAUGUCUUAAGUAGUGGCUGUGCUUUACUUUCAUCAACACAGUAUUUGACCUCUCCUUUUCCAGAGUAGAAAUGGUCUAAGUUGUGUUGACGUAUGUCUUAUUUAAUUAUGAAAAAGUCACCACGUGAUGCAAUAAAGGAUUUGCAAAUACUGAA